AUGAAGAGUAUUGAGCGACAAGUGGGACAAUUAGCCAAACAAGCUGAACGACCAACCAAUGUUCUCCCAAGUGAUACAAUACCCAACCCGAGAGAGGAAUGUAAAGCUCUGCAGUUGAGGAGUGGCACGGUAGUUGGAGAAAGUUCGAAUAAAGAAGCAAUAAAACCCAAAGAGCAAGACACAGUGGAAGUACAUGUGGAAAGGCAAGAUGAAGAAAAGGCUUUAACAUCUAACAAAGGCAAAGAAGUUGUCAAGCCACAAAGCAACCCACCUAGACAAAGAAGCAACCGUGAUAUCAAUGGGAGUGUGAAUCCACAACAAGAAAACAAAAAUGAAGGGGUAAAAGCCUAUGUACCCAAGCUUCCAUACCCAACCAGGAUACACAAAGGAGCAAAGGACCAACAAUUCCCAAGGUUCUUAGAAAUCUUCAAGAAACUUGAAAUCAACAUCCCAUUGGCAGAAGCUCUGGAACAGAUGCCAUUAUAUGCAAACUUCCUCAUACCCUGCACGAUUGGGAGCAUGGCCGUUGACAAGUCACUUUGUGAUCUGGUGAUUGGGAGCAUGGCUGUUGACAAGUCACUUUGUGAUCUGGGAGCAAGCAUUAACUUAAUGCCCCUUACCAUGAUGAAGAAAAUGAUGAUUGAAGAGCUUAAACCCACAAGGAUGUCACUCCAACUUGCUGACAGAUCCAUCAAAAUAUCAAAUGGAGUAGUUGAGAACCUCUUGGUGAAGGUGGGAAACUUCAUAUUCCCAGCUGAUUUUGUGGUCCUAGACAUGGAUGAAGAGGGAAACAACUCAGUCAUUCUUGGUAGACCCUUUUUGGCUACAGCUAGAACAAUCAUUGAUGUGGAAAAGGGAGAGAUGAUUUUCAGAGUGCAUGAUGAGCAAAUGACCAUAAAUGUCUUCAAAGCAAUGCAACACCCAGUUGAGAAAGAAAAUUGCAUGAGGAUUGAUGUAGUAGACUCUUUGGUUGAAGAAGUGCUUGACAGAUGGGGUAGAUUCUUUGGUUGA